CUGCUUUCUCAUUGGUCUAGAAAUAUGGAAUCAGAUGACGUAGUAGUUCCGUGUUGCCAGUGGCGCUGGAGAGGUAACUCUCGGUCAUUCUUCCCUACUCGCGGAGACGUUGUCAAACGGGGAGUGAGGCUACCUAAGGUGUGAAUGGGAUUCCAUGGUCAUCGUAUCUUCUCCUCCCAGCUGAUGAUCUUAACAUGACUUAACAUCAAGGACAAACGUUAUUCAUGUUUCUCCCUCAGGGUUAAUUUCCCCUUGAUCCCCCCUAAACUAGACUAGUUCCUCUUAAACUAGUCGGCCAGCUGCCUUUUCUUCCCCUUUCCUCCAACCUCACGCCUCCCCCCCCUCCCCCCCCCCCCCCCCCACCCCUAGCCAGACCAUCAAAGCCAACGCUAUGGGUCUGUCCGUGGGCUCUGCUCUGCACUUCGUCCUGCUGUUCCCCGUUCAUCUACUGGUGUGGCUGUAUUCCCUCAUCUCCUUCCUGCCAUGGUACUAUAUGACAAACGCUGGGACCAAGAAGGCCCGGUCCGUGCGGAUCAAGGCCAGAACCACCUCAGGGAACAGAGAGGGGCCAUACCGCUCCGUGGAUCACUUCGACUCUCUGGCUAGAGAAGACUUGCCCGGCAAGGACACCUUGGCCAAGCUGUUUGAGCACGCCGUGCAGCGCUUCGGGCAGGCCGACUGCCUCGGCACCAGGGAUGUUCUGAGUAAAGAGAAUGAGGUCCAACCCAGUGGGAAGGUGUUUAAAAAGCUUAUCUUGGGUGAGUAUCGCUGGCUUUCGUACCAGGAAGUGGACACCAUGGUCUGUCAUUUGGGAAGCGGGCUUGCUGCUCUGGGCCAGGAGCCCAAAAGCACGGUGGCUAUUUUCUGUGAGACCAGAGCCGAGUGGAUGAUCACGGCGCAGGCAUGCUUCAGAUAUAACUUCCCCUUGGUGACGUUCUACGCCACCCUGGGAGAGGAGGCGGUGGCGUUUGGCCUGAACGAGACCGGAGUGACACAUCUGGUGACCAGCGCUGACUUACUGGAGAAUAAACUAAAGAAUGUGCUAUCAGAGAUCCCAAAGCUGAAGCAUAUCAUUUACGUGGACCAAAAGAUGGUGGGCACAGAAGGUUACCCAGCAGGGCUCACCAUGCACAGCAUGCAGAGUGUCCGCCAACUGGGGUCAAAGCCUGAAAACCUAAUUAUGCCGGUGGUGCAGCCUCAGCCGUCUGACCUGGCCAUGGUGAUGUACACCAGCGGCUCAACCGGGAGGCCCAAGGGCGUGAUGAUCAUCCACCGUAACAUCAUCGCCGGCAUGACCGGCCAGUGCGAACGUAUUCCUGGCCUCGGGCCCAAGGAUACAUACAUUGCUUACCUGCCCCUGGCUCACGUUUUGGAAAUGACUGCGGAGAUCUCCUGCCUGACGUACGGGUGUAGAAUCGGCUACUCUUCCCCACAGACACUAUCGGAUCAGUCCACCAAGAUAAAGAAGGGAAGCAAGGGAGACUCGUCCGUCCUCAAGCCGACCCUGAUGGCUGCAGUACCAGAGAUCAUGGAUCGCAUCAAUAAGAACGUCAUGAGUAAAGUGCAGGAGAUGAGCUUCAUUCAGCGCACAUUGUUCACGCUGGGAUACAACUACAAACUGGAGCAGAUCAGGAGGGGCUAUGAUGCACCCCUCUGCAAUGCGCUGCUGUUCCAGAAAGUGCGCAGACUGCUCGGGGGGCGCGUGCGGAUGAUGCUGUCGGGCGGGGCCCCCCUGUCCACCGUCACCCAGCGCUUCAUGAACGUGUGUUUCUGCUGUCCCGUGGGACAAGGCUACGGCCUCACCGAGACCUGUGGAGCAGGAACUAUCACAGAGGUUGCAGACAUCAGCACCGGUCGAGUGGGCUCUCCUCUCAUAUGCUGUGAGGUCCGACUCCGAGACUGGGCAGAAGGUGGCUACACCAAAAAGGACAUGCCGCACCCCAGAGGGGAGGUGUUGAUCGGUGGGCCCAACGUAACCAUGGGUUACUACAGGCACGAGAACGGCGAUCAGGACUUCUUCGUUGACGAGAAUGGCCAACGGUGGUUCUGCACGGGGGAUGUGGGGGAAAUUCACCCUGACGGCUGCCUCCAGAUAGUGGACCGUAAAAAGGACUUGGUCAAGCUGCAAGCAGGGGAAUAUGUAUCUCUGGGCAAAGUGGAGUCGGUGUUGAAGAACUGUUCCCUCAUAGACAACAUCUGUGCUUACGCAAACAGUGACCAGAACUACGUCAUCAGCUUUGUGGUGCCCAACCAGAAGCAGCUGACUGCACUCGCCAUGCAAAGAGGCAUCGUAGGAAACUGGGAGGAGAUCUGCACCCAUCCAGACAUGGAGAGACAUGUUUUGAAUGAGAUCAAGAAGGUUGCCGCUUCCAUUAAAAUGCAAAGAUUCGAGACCCCCAUGAAGGUCCACCUGAGUCCUGAGCCAUGGACCCCAGAAACGGGUCUGGUCACAGACGCCUUCAAGCUGAAGAGAAAAGAGCUGAAGAACCACUAUCUCCACCAGAUAGAGAGAAUGUAUGGGGGUAAAUAGGUGUGCCACUCUCCCCCUCAUCUCCAGCAGAGCAACUCUGAUGCCAUAAUGCCACUAAUUUCAUGUACAUAAUAUUUCAAAAGAGCCUUUCAGGUCUUCAGCCAUUUGUGUGGAACAGAAAAACGUAAAAAGCUCACUCUGUAGGUAGAAGUGGUCGCUCGAUAAGCAGUGCUGCUCUUCGAUGUUGUGAUUUGAGGUAAACUAGUUUCGAGAGGUUUCCCGGUAAACUAGAUCCCAACAGAACCAGUUGUUCUUAUCGAAGGAUAUCAGAUGACAGCACUGAACUGCCAUCCUUUGAAGAAAAUCUUUUUAACUAACGUCAAGUUAUUUAAAUUUUUGUGUGUAGCUUUUUGCUUAACCGUUCUAACUUAUUCCAUUUAGAUAUUCACGCCAUACCUACAUUUAAAUUCAAGGUGUCCAUUGCUCUUGCUGUGGUGGAUUGUUGACGUUACUGUGCCUUUUUUGUCAGCAGUAGUGCCCAUGUUUAGUCAUGAAGAAGUAGGUUGCACUAAGUUACCAAAAAUGUAAUGUUGCAAUCGUACCCAUGCUACAAGACAUGCUCAAAAGACAUGUCAUGUUCACAAGGGAUUAAGGAAAAUACCGUCUUACUGUCAGUACUUGUAAAUUCAGCAUUGGUCAGGUAGGCUCAUGUCUCCUCUCCAUGCUUUCCAGUUGUGUUUCCCUUGCCAAACAUGAAGUUGCUUUAAGCAUUGUUUUUGUCCUAAUGCAUUGGAAAUGUCCAACCAAAUGUAUAGGAUUCAACAGGACUCAGGAAGAUUAAUGUUUUAAUAUAUGAACUUGGCCAAUAGUGGGCUAUUUAUGAAUAAAGUACAUCCGUUUAACUGUUUUACCAA